GAUUGGCCAGCCUGGAGACGACUGCAAACCCGUUGACAGCAAUGCAUUCGAGGCGAUGGACUUAGCAGGGCUGCUCAGAGCGGUAUAUGAUUCCUAAUAUAGGCUACGAGCGGAAGGGUAUCACACAGCAGCCUAGCCUAUGCACUGUCCUUCUCUUUCAUUGACUAUAGCUUUAAACGUUAAGUUUGAUCUGAUUUGAAUAUCGAUUGGAUCAAAUGAGCAGUCGCAGUGUAAUAAGAAGGAAUGCUCAAUCGAAGCCUGCAACGGCCCGCUCGGUUCUCGCCCUGUAGCUCCCGAUGCCUGCUGCGCUACACUAUGUAGACAGCAGUGCCUCCUCCUUUAGUUUUUGCAAAUGAAAAUGGAGGAGAUGUCACUGUCCGGCCUGGACAACAGCAAGAUGGAGGGUAUCGCCCAGGAUAUUCUGACAGAUCUGGUGGAGGACGCGUGCCUGGGCUUGUGUUUCGAGGUGCACCGCGCUGUCAAACAGGGCUACUUCUUCCUGGACGACACGGACCAGGAGAGCAUGAAGGAGUACGAAAUCGUGGACCAGCCAGGGGUGGACAUCUUUGGUCAGGUGUACAACCAGUGGAAGAACAAGGAGUGUGUGUGUCCCAACUGUAGCCGCAGCAUCGCGGCGUCGCGCUUCGCACCACACCUGGAGAAGUGCCUGGGCAUGGGCAGGAACAGUAGCCGCAUCGCUAACCGCAGAAUUGCCAGUGGCAACAACACCAACAACAAGUCGGAGAGCGACCAGGAGGACAAUGACGAUGCCAACGAUAAUGACUGGUCCUACGGCGCAGAAAAGAAAGCCAAGAAGAGAAAGUCAGAUAAGAAUCCAAACUCCCCAAGAAGAUCCAAAUCUCUCAAGCAUAAAAACGCUUUGCUGGGCCCUAAACGUCGUGUGGAGAAUCAGGAAAGCCCAUGUGUGUUGCUAAGAGACGAGGCGUUUCCACAGUGACCAAGUGAAGCAGGAGACCAUCAGACACCACCCACACAUCACUACAACGAUCUCUCCAUAAACAAGAGAAAAACGAGAAAAGAAAAAAAUGAAUCGCACAUCACACGGUCAACAUCUCACCACGUCAAGAGGAGGAGGAGGAGAAAGAGAUGGAGGAGAAGGAAGAGGAAGGAUCUGUUCUGUUUACACAAGUGUUCAACAAAAAAAAAACUUUUUGCUCGAAAAUAACGUUUGUGUCUCUGCUGUUGCUGUUUAUUUUUCCCGACAUAUUUGCACAAGGAAAUGAGAAGGUGUUGGACAGAACAAACAUCGUCGCUAAUACUUGUUGACCUGUUGCUGCAUGGGCUGCCCUCCUGUAACCCCACUCACCCUGACCACACAGCUGAUGACUCUUAAACGACGGCGCUUCUGGUCUGGCCUGGGUACGGUCCUCACCGGGCAGGCUCGUUCCACCACGGCCGGGGUGUGUGCGGUGUGGUGUGGUGCGGUGGAGGGUAUAUCUGGUGGCGUUGGGGAAAGCGCACAAUGUGUAAGCACUCAGGGGAGAUGGCAGGAACAGCUGAGCUGUGUGUGACAGUCGUUACUGUGGCAGUCAGAAGCAGCCGAGCUCAGAGCUGCAAACUCAUUGAUUUGCCUCCUGCCGCUCUGAUAUGCAUAUGCAUCUAUCUUACUGAAUAAGAAACAAAAAGAGAAACGAUUUUAACUCUCAGUUCACAUUAGGUGUUUUUUUUUUGUGUGUCUCAAAUGAUGGCAGAACAUAAGUUGGUCUGUGAUUGUUUUACUCUUUUUUUUUUUUCUCUUUUCUUUUUUGGUCUAUCUGUUUUCACGUGUUCAGUGUUGUCCUUUACAGUUAGUCCAUAAUGUAGUAGUCGAAUUACACACAGGCAGCGGGGAGGCUUUUAAAUCACGUUGUGGAACUGGACAAAACACAUUGAGAUGUCUGGCAUCACUCAAAAGGCAUCACUCAAAAGGACUUCCUCUGUCUCAAGAUUGUCGUGCCACUGGCAUUGCCUUGGGGACGGACUAUAUUCUUUUAAAUAUGAAUCAAGUGUUGUUUUUUUGUUCUUUCUCUUGAACUCUUUCUCUCGGAUCUCUUUCUUUCCAUUUAUUAGCUGUUUACAUUGUAAGGAAUCAUUUCUAUCUUCACUGUGUUGUAACUGUGUAUAUUUGAUGGUAAAAAUGCUGCUACACUGGCCAUGAGUCUUCAACUUGUGGACAUCCUCACCCACACAUAAUAAACCACCUGAACUCAAAACCUCAA